AUGCCAUCCAAUCACCUCUUCCAAUAUUCCGUUGUCUCAGCCCUCAUGGAUGGAGUCGCCGAGACAGGAAUCCCCCUUUCGGAACUCCUCACACAUGGCGAACACGGCCUUGGCACCUUUCGACACAUGGUUGGCGAAAUGAUCAUUCUCGAUGGGGUUAUUUACGAUAUGAAGCCUGAUGGGUCUGUUAUAGCGCUGGAUAAAGAUGCGUGCGCUGAGCAGACGGCGCCUUUUGCGAUGAUCACGGAUUUUAAACCAACUGUUACUGCUUCGAAACAAAUACCGAGCAAGGACUCGUUUACGGAGACUCUGUCGAAGCUUCUUCCUGCGACAAAUAAUCACUAUCUGGUCUACAGAAUUGGGGGGACAUUCAAGUCAGUCACUGUACGGACGGUUGGGGGACAGCUAUCACCAGGUGAAAGUCUUGCCGAGCUUGGAAAGCGACAGGCUUCGCAUACGUUCCACGACAUCAAGGGUACGAUCAUUGGGUUCAGAUCGCCUGCUUUCAUGCAAGGUAUCAGCGUCGCAGGCGACCACCUUCACUUCCUGGCAGCGACCAGAGACUCUGGUGGCCAUGUGCUAGCAUUGGAAGGCGAUGGUGACUUGGAAGUCAGCGCAGCUCGGAUUGCAGCAGUCAAUCUGCAAUUGCCAACGGAUGAUGACGCUUAUAACCAAGCGAAGUUGGUUCGAGAUGAUGAAGGAAUAGCUGCAGUUGAGGGCUAA